CAGGCAACCAGGAUCUGAUGAGGGCAUGAGUGUAGAGGAAGGUGGUAUGCCAGGCCUGGGCCGUCCUAGGCAGGCCCGCUGGACCCUGAUGCUCCUCCUAUCCACUGCCAUGUAUGGUGCCCAUGCCCCACUGCUGGCGUUGUGCCAUGUGGAUGGCCGAGUGCCCUUUCGGCCCUCCUCAGCUGUGCUGCUCACUGAGCUGACCAAGUUACUGUUGUGCGCCUUCUCUCUCCUUGUGGGCUGGCAAGCAUGGCCCCGGGGGGCCCCACCCUGGCGCCAAGCUGCUCCUUUUGCACUAUCUGCCCUGCUCUAUGGCGCCAACAACAACCUGGUGAUCUAUCUACAGCGUUACAUGGACCCCAGCACCUACCAGGUGCUGAGCAAUCUCAAGAUUGGAAGCACAGCCCUAUUCUACUGCCUCUGUCUYCGGCACCGCCUCUCUGCACGCCAGGGUUUGGCACUGCUGCUGCUGAUGGCUGCAGGGGCCUGCUAUGCAGCAGGUGGCCUUCAGGACCCUGGGAACACCCUUCCUGGGCCUCUAGCAGCUGCUGCCAGCCCCAUGCCCCUGCAUAUCACUCCACUGGGACUGCUGCUGCUCAUCCUGUACUSUCUCAUCUCAGGCUUGUCGUCUGUAUACACAGAGCUGCUCAUGAAGCGACAGCGUCUGCCCCUCGCACUUCAAAACCUCUUCCUCUACACUUUUGGUGUGCUCCUGAACCUUGGUCUGCAUGCAGGUGGUGGUCCUGGCCCAGGCCUCCUGGAGGGUUUCUCAGGAUGGGCAGCACUUGUGGUGCUGAGCCAAGCACUAAAUGGACUGCUCAUGUCYGCUGUCAUGAAGCAUGGCAGCAGCAUCACACGCCUUUUUGUUGUGUCCUGCUCAUUAGUGGUCAAUGCCAUKCUUUCAGCAGCCCUGCUACGGCUGCAACUCACAGCUACAUUCUUCCUGGCCACASUGCUCAUUGGCCUGGCUGUGCGCCUGUAUUAUGGUAGUCACUAGCCCCUGGCUACCUUGCUUGCUUCUGAUUCUAUAGAUUGGGCACCACCACCAGAGUCAUCUCUCAAACUUCUUCCUUUCCUCCCCUUAGCAACUGUAAUAAGUGCCUUGUGAGAAAAGCUGGAGAAGGGAGAGCAACCAAGUUAGUCUUGAAGUGGUGUAUGAAGGAGGCUUCUAGGAGGCAUGAAGAGUAGAUUUGGUUAAGGAAACUUAACUUCCCCACCCACCCCCAAGUUCUUCCAAACUAAAGAAUUGGGAGCAUCAAUA